CACAGCGAGGCAAGCCUCUCUCACAGUCAGAACAUCGUACAACAGACAUCGUAGCACCGUGAAAAUAGGCGACAGAAAGCGGAUUUCUGCACCGUUGUGCAUUCGCUCCUGCUUGGCUUCCAAUUUACAGUAUCCUUUAUUUUAUUUUCGUAUCCUUUAUUUAUCCGUUCCUCUGAAUCGGAAUUCGCGCCACGGAAUGGACGACUCGCGAGUUUUAGGUUUCGCGGACGAGUUGGCGAUGAGCGACAGCGGCAGCAGCAGCGCCUUCAGCGGCGAGCACCUCGAUUCUCGCUUCAACCUCGAUUCUCGCUUCGGGAAUGACGUAGGCGGUUACAGCAGCGACGGAGAGUGCACUACUACUGGAACGCCUGGCCGCCUAGAGCGCCGUGACGGACCAUGCUCUCAUUCACUCAAUUCUCAUCUACUGAAUUCGCAUCUAUCAAGUUCUCCGUUGCACUGCGGCUCGCCGCACCCUACUAGCCCGCCGCAGCAACGGCGUCGUCAUACCCAACGUGGUUACACACGCCUCGCACAGCUUCGCUGCGAGUGCCGCCACCGGCGCUACUGCUCUUCGCCGUCGCAACUCUCGCGCAGCAGCCAUCAUGAGCAGCCGCGGGAGGAGCAGCGGGAGCCACGGGAGGAGCAGCAGGAGCCACUCCCGUGGCAGCAGCAGCGGCAGAGCGAAGGCGGGGCGAAGAGGGAGGGGGGGGGUCAUCAACCGCAGCCACAGCAGGCUUACCUGGGAGCGAGGGGGAGUCUUGGUGAUGGUUGUGUUCAGCAGCGGCAGAACGAGGGCUGUGCAGGGAGGGAGGGUGAGGAAGACUGUUCGCAACCUUGUCUUGAGCAGCAGCCUCAGCAGCAGCAGCAGCAGCAGCCGCAGCCCCUCCCUGUGUCCCGUGCACAAGGACUUCUUAACGAUGUUUCCGGGUCAGACUCGGAGUCCGUCCGACGAGAGGAGCGCAGCACAGCGCACAAGGAGAGUGUUCCAUUGGCUCAGAGCUCGCAGCGAGAAGGCGGCGAUUCGGCUGAACUGUCCUCCUCCUCGACACUGCUCUCCCCCAACUUGUCUUCACCCUCCUUUCCUCCUGCCUCCUCCCUUCCUCCUACCACCUCCAUUCCGCCACCAUCCCCUCCGCGCUUUUCCCCGCCGUUUCUUGCCCCUCCCUCCCCGUCGCUCUUUCCGCCACGUCAGCAACCACUGGCCUCUCAUUCUUGCCCACAAUCGCCCGUCCGCUCGGCCUAUCCCACUCACACGCGCUCGACCCUCGCCUCCUGCUCCGCCUCCCCAGCCGCUCCUUCCGCCACUCAGGGUGAUUACCGUUGUGAGUUUCACCAGAAGGAGCUACAGCCGCCAUUGCUCCAUGAGCUACAGCCGUUCUGGUCCCUGCCAUGUGUCCGGGCAGCUGUAGCUCUCCAGCCAACCAGGAGCAAGGGCCACGUAACCAUGUGUGAGGCACGUGCAGUGUCACCUGGUAACCUCCAUCAUUGCUACCAUCAGAAUUGUCAGCGUCACCUAAGGAAUAAGGACGUGGAAGCAGUGCGGACGAUUUCUCCUGUUAGUAUGAGGUGUAUGAGGAGCAAUGGCCGGUUUGUGCUCGUGCAGUCACCACAUAGAGGAUUGUGCCAGCCGUUGCAUCUCAUGUCUACUGGUGCCACUGGUGCUUUCGGAGCAAGUGGACUCAGCAGCAACCAAAGCAGUAGAUGUUAAUGAUUUGAAUGAUCCCAAAAUAAUAUAAUUGUGCAAAUCAAGCAGGCUGUCAUUCCUUAGUUGCUGGUUAUAAUUUUGUGCAUAAGU